AUGGCUGAGAAACAGGUCAUUGUCGUAGUCGAAAGUACAGCCGCUAUGGGUCCUUACUGGGACACCCUUCAAAUGGAUUAUCUAGAUAAAAUUGUCAGGAGCAUUAGUGGGACUGAGUCAACUGGGCAGAAGCCUUCUGUUUCCAAUGUUGAGUUUGCCCUAGUCACCUAUAAUACUCAUGGGUGUUAUUCUGGUAUCCUUGUGCAACGCACUGGUUGGACAAGAGACCCCGAUGUUUUCUUACAGUGGCUAUCAUCUAUACCCUUUUCUGGUGGUGGUUUUAAUGAUGCAGCAAUUGCUGAAGGGCUUGCUGAAGCUCUGAUGAUGUUCCCUCAAAGUGGAGACUCAAAUCAGCAGAAUGUGGAUAUGCACAUGCACUGUAUCCUUGUGGCAGCCAGUAAUCCUUACCCGUUGCAGACACCAGUAUAUGUUCCGCAACUGCAGAGUGUAGAGCAGAGUGAAUCUAUUGACUCAGACCCAGGGAACCAGCUAUAUGAUGCUGAAGCUGUUGCUAAAGCGUUUCCGCAGUUUGCUAUUUCUCUAUCAAUCAUCUGCCCAAAACAACUUCCCAAAGUUAAAGCCAUUUACAAUGCGGGAAAGCGAAAUAAUAGAGCUGCUGAUCCACCAGUUGAUGCCAAAAUGACUCAUUUCCUUGUUUUAAUAUCAGAAGGUUUCAGGGAAGCCCGUGGUGCCUUGAGUCGAUCUGGAGCGAACUUGCCUUCAAAUCAAAGUCCUGUAAAAGUAGAUUCUUCAUCUACAAUACCAGUUACAGGGGCACCCCCAACUACAUUACCAUCAGUGAAUGGAUCUAUCACAAACCGACAACCAAUACCUGCUGGGACUGUAACUCCUGCUACUGUUAAAGUGGAACCAGUUCCCGUAACUUCCAUGGUAACUGGGCCAGCUUUUCAUCACAAUUCGUCAGUUGCACGUCCUACUAGUACCGGUCAAGGAGUUCCAAGCUUGCAGACAUCUUCUCCGUCUUCUGUUUCUCAAGACAUUGUGACAAGUAAUGAAAAUGCACAGGAUACAAAGCCAAUAGUGUCAAUGUUGCAGCCACGUCCUGUGAAUCAAGCUCAAGCAAAUGUGAACAUUUUGAAUAAUCUCUCUCAAGCACGACAGGUAAUGAAUUCUGCUGCUUUAAGUGGCGGAACUUCUAUGGGACUUCCAUCAAUGGGUCAGACUCCUGUUGCCAUUCACAUGUCAAACAUGAUAUCCAGUGGGACGACAUCUUCUGGACCUGCAGGUCAAAAUGUAUUUUCAUCUGGACCGCCAGUAAUAACUAGUUCUGGAUCUCUUACUGCUUCUGCACAGGUUGGACAAAACUCAGGUCUUGCUUCAUUACCAUCAGGCACUUCUAAUUUGUCUUCAAGUCCAAACAAUGGGAUUUCACAACCAUCAACUAAUCUUCAAGGAGCGGUUAGUAUGGGACAACAGGUUCCCGGUAUGAACCCAGGAAACCUUUCAGGGGCCCAAAUGGCGCAAGGCGGAGUUAAUAUGAGCCAAAAUGUAAUGAAUGGCCUCGGUCAAUCAGGUGUCUCUUCUGGAGCUGGCGCAAUGAUCCCUACUCCAGGAAUGACUCAACAAGUACAAUCAGGCAUGCAGCCGCUUGCAAAUAAUGCAGCUACUGCUAAUAUGCCUUUGUCACAACAGACAGCUUCUGCACAAUCCAAAUAUAUAAGGGUCUGGGAGGGAAGCUUAUCUGGACAAAGGCAAGGACAGCCAGUAUUUAUCACCAAACUCGAAGGUUACAGGAGUUCUUCUGCCUCUGAGACACUUGCAGCAAACUGGCCUCCUGUAAUGCAAAUAGUUCGGCUUAUCUCUCAGGAUCACAUGAAUAACAAGCAAUAUGUUGGAAAGGCAGAUUUCCUAGUUUUUCGUGCAAUGAACCCUCAUGGAUUUCUGGGUCAGCUCCAAGAUAAGAAGCUGUGUGCAGUUAUUCAAUUGCCAUCACAGACUUUGCUACUAUCAGUUUCUGACAAAGCCUGCCGGUUGAUUGGGAUGCUUUUUCCUGGGGAUAUGGUUGUAUUUAAGCCACAAUUAUCCGGUCAGCAGCAGCAACAAAUGCAACAGCAACAAAUGCAACAACAACAACACCAGCAGAUGCAAUCGCAACAGCAGCAUCUUCCACAAAUGCAGCAGCAGCAGCUUCCUCAUAUGCAGCAGCAGUUACAACAACAGCAACAGCAACUUCCACAGCUGCAACAACAGCAGCAGCAGCAGCUUUCCCAGCAUCAACAGCAGCAACUCCCUCAACUUCAACAACAACAGCUUUCACAACUGCAGCAGCAGCAACAACAGCUUCCGCAAUUACAGCAACUGCAGCAUCAACAACUUCCUCAGCAGCAGCAACAGAUGGUUGGGAAUGGAAUGGGUCAAACUUAUGUUCAAGGUCCCGGACGCACACAAAUGGUUUCUCAGGGACAAGUUUCAUCACAAGGAGCUACAAACAUUGGUGGAGGGAAUUUCAUGAGUUAG